UCUCCUCAUUUCUAUCUUAUUCUUAUUCCCAAACACCUCUCUCUCUCUCUACCGCUGUCUCGCGUUCUCCUCUCUACCGCUGUCUCGCGUUCUCUGGAAGCUUGGUCUUCAAUUGCUCGAUCUCCAAUCUCUUCUGCAACUUGCUUGAAGCCCUAACCCUUCCUUCAGAUCAGUUCUGAGCACUUGUAUUUAACAGCAAAAGAACAUUUGUCUGUUAGUUUGGUCCCAUCAAUUCUAGCAGCCAAGUUUCAUGUCUGAACUCGACGUCCAGAUUCCAACUGCCUUUGAUCCAUUCGCUGAGGCAAAUGCUGAGGACUCAGGUGCUGGAUCAUCAAAAGAGUAUGUGCAUAUUCGCAUACAGCAGCGUAAUGGUAGGAAAAGCCUGACCACUGUCCAGGGUUUGAAGAAGGAAUUCAGCUACAAUAAGAUACUCAAGGACCUUAAGAAGGAGUUCUGCUGCAAUGGUACUGUAGUCCAAGACCCUGAGCUCGGCCAGGUUAUCCAACUUCAAGGUGAUCAGCGAAAGAAUGUCUCGACUUUCCUUGUUCAGGCUGGAAUUGUGAAGAAGGAACAUAUCAAGAUCCAUGGUUUUUAAGUAGAAGCCAGUCACAGCAGAUUGUUCCUCUGUGGUAUCAAAUUGCUUCUGUAAUCAAGUAUAAAACUAUAGAGGGCUCCUAAUAUAUAAGGCCUAAUGCAUGUAUUUUCAAUCUGUGUUUAGCUGCUGCUUUUAAGUUCAACUGUUAAGAAAUGUCGACCAGUGUUGGUUGUUUUCUGAGUAAUCAGUGUUUUGUUGUUGUAAUUUAAAAAACUUAAUUUCUGUGUAAUCUGUGAUGAUAAUGAGUUGUUGCUAUGCCUCCAUCUUUAUACAGAAUGAUAUUGUUAGCUGGUAUUUACAA